GAAACAUGAAGAAAGAGAAGGCAGAAGCGUGGAAGUCUGCUCUGUCUACAGUUUGCAAUCUUAGUGGAGAACACAUUGUUGAGCAGGGAGAUCAUUUUGAAUCAGGGGUCAUAGGCAAGAUUGCUGAACAAGUUUCUGAAAAACUUUUAGAGAUCAGGCAACAAAUAAAUAGAUUUGUUUCUCAAUUUGAAGUGGUUGAAUCACUUUUGAACCUUGAAUCUUGUGAUACUGUUGGUGUGAUGGGAAUUUAUGAAGAUCGUAAAUUAGGCAAAAGUUACAUAAGAGUAUUUGCUUUUGAGGUGUACUAUAAGAUCAAAUAUAAGUUCCAAGCAGCAGGUUUUCUUGUUGAUGUUAGUGAACUUCUAAGGAAAACCACCGAUGACAAUCGCUUGGAAAUUUUCCAAAAGGAGCUUCUUUCUGAUAUGCAUGUGAAGACCAUGCAUGAGUUGAAGCAUAAAAAGAUGCUUCUGGUUCUGGAAGGGGUUGAUAGUGAAGAGCAUUUGGAGUUGCUAGUGGGAAUGAGAAUAAGUGAUUGGUUUGGUGGUGGUAGUAGGAUCCUCAUAGCAACAGAAAACAGAAAUCUCUUUGAGGAUUGUCCUGCUGUGAUGAAUGGUGUUAAGCUUGAGAAACAUUGCAUACGUGAAGGUGAAUUGGUGAAGGAAAAGAUUGUGAAGGAGAAGAAGGUAGUGGGAUUUGUGAAAGAAUUCAUCGAUGUAAUUAAUCAACUGAAGGAAGAAAAGGGGAGGAAUGUUGUUUCCAUUGUUGGCAUGGGUGGGUCGGGCAAGACUACCCUUGCUAAAAAGAUCUAUGAUAGCAAUGAGGUCAGGAAGGUAUUCCCUUACCGUGCAUGGGCAACUGUUUCCAAACAGUGCAUUGAAAAGGAAGUUUAUAGAAACCUUCUGGAGUGUUUGAACGUAUCAAAAUCUGAAUCUGAAAAAUUAAGUAAAAAGGAGUUGAAGGAGAAGGUGAAAAAAUGUUUGAAUGGGCAAAGGGGAAAGUAUUUGAUAGUGCUCGAUGAUGUGUGGAACCCUCAGGCGUGGAACAAGUUGGAGUAUCUUCUCCCAGAAAAGAAUAGUGGGAGCAAGAUAUUGAUGACUACGCGGAAUGAUAGGGUGGCAAACCGUGCAAUGUCAAGGGAACCUCACCAUCAGCUUGGCCCUUUGAAUGAAGAAGAAAGUUGGGAAUUGUUCCGUAGCGAGGUGUUUGGUGGAGAAGAGUGUCCUUCUUAUUUAGAGCCUAUUGGUAAAUCAAUUGCCGAAAGUUGCAAGGGUUUGCCAUUGGCUGUCGAAACCAUAGCAGGGCUUGUCAAAGAAAGGAAGAGAUCAAAUACAGAGUGGCAAAGUAUUAAGAAUAUAAUUCUUAAAUGGGAUGAUGAUGAUGAUGAUGAUGAUGGCGAAGAUGGCGAUGAUGAUGAUUAUAAGAAGCCGAUGACGAUGAGUAGGAUGAUGAAGAUAUUGAAGACGAGCUAUGAUGAUUUACGUCCAACAUUGAAGCGAUGCUUUCUAUAUCUUGGGGUGUUUCCGGAAGAUUGCAAGAUUGCAGCAAGGGAGUUAAUUGAACUAUGGAAUGCAGAAGGCUUGACAAAAGUAAUAGAAGAUGGAACUUCAAAUGCAUCACAGCCUGAAGACCUUGGUGAGGAACGCUUGAAGAUGUUAGUGGAUCGUAACUUGGUACAAGUGGUGAGUAGGAAGAGUGAUGGGGAAGGCGUGAAAACAUGUCGGAUUCACGAUCUCUUCCGGAAACUGUGCAUAUCACUGAAUAACAAACCAGAUAACAACGACAAUGAUUGUAGAUUAUUGUCCUUUCCCAGAAACGUAGGAUCCUACUAUGCCUGUUCAGUCGAGACAUGUAAUGAAUCACCAACUCUUUCACUAUUCUUUUAUGGAGAUGCAGAGGGGUGGGCCCAACAUAUUUCAGAAAACCGCCGUGUUAAGGUGCUGUAUUUUUUUCAAUGGGUAAGUAAUAGUUCAAGAAGUGUUGAGUAUUUGGAGAGUUUGAGUUUGACACCCGACCUCAAGUACUUGAGAAUGGACUUUUCUGACUCAGAUGGGUUGCAUAACUUUCCAAGCUUAGAAACAUUACAUAUACUGCACGACGGUUGGGCGAUUGACCUAAGCAUUGGGGGCUUAAUGAAACUGAGACAUCUGUAUAGUCAAUGUCAGCUGAAUUUAUUAGGAGUUGAAGAUAAAAUGCAGGAUCUUCAAACUCUCCCUUGUGUGACUGCCGAUUCACAUCUAUGGUCCUUUGUCCACGGUGGCUUACUUUCCCAACUUGAGAAAGCUGGCUUUAAUUUUCAUGGAGUUUCAUUAGAUAAUGCACUUCCGUCAAGUCUUACCAAGAUUUCCUUGUCAGUUUUUACGAAUUUGAAAUCCAAGGACAUGAAUACCUUGGGACUAAUGCCCAAGCUUCAAAUUCUAAAAUUGACUUGGGGAAGUUGUACCGAAGAAACUCUUGAUAUUGGUAGUGCUGGGAGCUUUCCGUGUCUUGAAGUGUUCAUCAUGAGACACGUGAGAAGUGUCGCAUAUCUUAAAUCAGGACAAGGUGCGAUGCCUCAUCUUCGACGUGCGGUCUUCUGUUACUGCCCUCACUUGAAGGAGGUCACUCAACGAAUGCGUUCCUUGGGUAGUAACUUGGAAUUUUUAAACGACGUGAUUGAUUUGUGUGAGACGUUUGAUAUCAAUGUCACUGCUUCCUCCCAAAAGGAGCUCUUGGUUAUUGUUAGUGCAAUUGAAACCUUCCAAAGACUGUUUCCAUGGCAGGUUCAUCAUCAGAUCACGAUGCGACACCAUUGUCAUAUUUCAAGACUCAAGUAUGAUGUUUUCCUGAGUUUUAGAGGCUACACAAGGCUCAGAUUCACAGACGCACUCUAUCAUGCUUUGGUCAACAAAAGAAUCGAGACUUUCAGAGAUAGAGAGAAUCUGAGAACAGGCGAGGAACUCGAAGGUGCUCUUGUUGAAGCAAUUGAAAGAUCAAGGAUGUCAGUUCUUAUACUGUGUGAUGAGUAUCCAACUUCCAAGUGGUGCCUUGAUGAACUCCUCAAGAUCAUGGAGUGUUCGGAGCACGGAACAAAGCGACGGGUGUUACCAGUUUAUUACUAUGUGGAAAAAUCAGAUGUGCAGUACCAGCUCAAUGAAUAUGCAAAAGCCAUGACUAAUCAUCAAGAAAAAGUCAGAUACAAUCACAAGUUGGAAGCAUGGAGGUCAGCCUUGUCUCAAGUUGGCAAGAUUUAUGGUCCACUCUGUAAUCAGAAUACUUAUGAAACAGGGGUCAUAGGCAAGAUUGCUGAACAAGUCUCUGCAAAACUUCUAGAGAUCAGGCAACAAUUAAAUAGAUUUGAUUCUCAAUUUGGAGUGGUUGAAUCACUUUUGAACCUUGAAUCUUGUGAUACUGUUGGUGUGGUGGGAAUUUAUGAAGAUCCUAAAAUAGGCAAAAGUUACAUAACAACAUUUGCUUUUGAGCUAUACUAUAAGAUCAAAUAUAAGUUCCAAGCAGCAGGUUUUCUUGUUGAUGUUAGUGAACUUCUAAGGAAAACCACCGAUGACAAUCGCUUGGAAAUUUUCCAGAAGGAGCUUCUUUCUGAUAUGGAUGUGAAGACCAUGCAUGAGUUGAAGCAUAAAAAGAUGCUUCUGGUUCUGGAAGGGGUUGAUAGUGAAGAGCAUUUGAAGUUGAUAGUCGGAAUGGGAAUAAAUGAUUGGUUUGGUGGUGGUAGUAGGAUCCUCAUAGCAACAGAAAACAGAAAUCUCUUUGAGGAUUGUCCUGCUGUGAUGGAUGGUGUUAAGCUUGAGAAACAUUGCAUACGUGAAGGUGAAUUGGUGGAGGAAAAGAUUGUGAAGGAGAAGGUAGUGGGAUUUGUGAAAGAAUUCAUCGAUGUUAUUAAUCAACUGAAGGAAGAAGAUUCAAACGGGAGGAAUGUUGUUUCCAUUGUUGGCAUGGGUGGGUUGGGCAAGACUACUCUUGCCAGAAUGGUCUACAAUAGCGAUGGGGCCAGAGAGCUAUUUCCUUGCCGUGCAUGGGCAACCGUUUCCAAAGAGUGCAUGCCAACUGAAGUUUUCAAAAACCUUCUCAAGUGUUUGAAGGUACCCGAAGCUGUAUAUAAAAAUGCAGGUGAAGAGGAGUUGAAAGAUAUGGUGAGAAACCGUUUGAAUGGGAAAAAGUAUUUGGUAGUGCUUGACGAUCUCUGGGAAGCAAACUUAUGGGACAAGCUAAAGGCUCCUUUACCGGAUAACGACAAUGGCAGCAUGAUACUAGUAACUACUCGUAAUGAUCAAAUGGCGAAUUAUGCAAGGUCAAAGGAGCCUCACCAACAACUAAACUUGUUGGAUGAAGAUCAAAGUUGGGAACUGUUUCGCAAUAAGGUGUUUGGCAGAGAAGAGUGUCUUCCUCCUUUAGAGCUUAUUGGAAGAUCAAUUGCUUUCGAAAGCUGCAAAGGUUUACCAUUGGCUAUCAAAACCACAGCCGGGAUCGUCGCGAAGAAGGAGAGAUCAGAGGAUGCAUGGGAAGAAAUCAAGAACCUGCUCCCUUAUUGGUCUUUUACUAAAGACAAGGAAGGUAAGAAGAUGAUGGAGAUAUUGAAGCUUAGCUACGAUGAUCUGUCUGAGAAAAUGAAGCCAUGCUUCCUAUAUCUUGGGGUGUUUCCUGAAGAUGAAGAGAUUCUGGUGAGAGACUUAAUCCUACUAUGGAUAUCAGAAGACUUCAUAAAGCCAAUCCAAACUGGAAGAAGAUUGAUAGAACCUGAAGAUAUUGGUGAGAAAUACUUGAAGGAUAUUCUUAAUGUUAGAAACAAGAGAGUAAACUGGAGAAAGAAUUUGUGUAUUAUUGAGUGUAUUCAAGUUAUCUGCUCAAGUUGUCUAGAAUGAUACAAUAUAAAGGGUAUUUAUAGAUACUAAG